CCCCCUUGAGGAAGACAUAUAGCUUGCAACAUAUGCCACACUGUGGUCUGCUUUAAUGCGUGUAAAUUCUCUUGUCGGAGCAUAAGACAAAUCUGAAUGGGGUCAGAGUAGUGCUGUGUUGCAAGAUGCGAGGGCCCGUGCGUUGGGUUUUAUGGGACGUGAAGGACACGCUGUUAAGGGUCCGGCGCUCUGUCGGUGAACAGUACAGUAGCGAGGCAGAGCGAGCCGGACUGAAGCUGCCAGCCGAACAAGUAGAAACUGCUUUCAGACAGGCUUACCGGCAGCGAUCUCGUCUAUUUCCCAACUAUGGCAGAGCUCAGGGAAUGGGCAGCCAGGUCUGGUGGACCGGACUAGUGCGGGACACUUUUGCCCAGUGUGGGGUAGAUGACCCUGCGCUGCUGGACAGACUGGCCAACAACCUCUAUUACAACUUCUGUGGACCAGAAAACUGGGAGGUGUUUUCUGAUUCUAAUGGCACCCUGAAGUACUGCACAGCUUUGGGAUUGAAGCAAGGCGUUGUCUCAAACUUCGACAAGCGUUUGGAAGGGAUCCUCAGGGGAUGUGGCCUCCUGACUCACUUCUCAUUUCUUCUGACCUCAGAAGAAGCUGGGGUAGCUAAACCAGACCCUGCCAUUUUUGCCCAGGCCCUGGAGCGGUGUGGCGUGCCAGCCACCAGUGUAGCUCAUAUAGGGGACCAUUAUGUAAAUGACUAUCUCACUUCACGCUCAUUGGGUAUUCGGGGUUACCUGCUUGGCAGGCAAAAUUGUCUUGGACACCUUGAUGUUCCCCCACAACAUAGAUUACUGAGCCUAGAUGAACUACCAGCUCGACUGCAACAGGAAACAGACUAAGAGUGUACAAUUUUCUCUGAUACAAUUGACUAACAUGUAAUCACUGCAGGUCUAACUAAUUGAAACUUAUUUUUAUUGGACCAGAUCUGCAGUUUCUGUGCUUGUUUGGAACGAUGAAAGGCUAAAUGAAAGCCUAAGCAUUAGAACAAUACAAAAAUUGUGUGGUAUUAUACCAUAUGUACUACUAACACUUUAGUUAGAAUGAAAUUACUGUCAAUAUUUUAAUAAAAUCGUCAGAUUGUG